GAGUGCUCAGAGGAGAGGGGGCAAGAGCGGGAGGAGAUAAUAUUGUACUUCAGACAUAGAGCUUGAAACAUACGCCGCGUAUCCGAAGUCAUACUAUUAUGGUGUAAGAGUCUGGGAAAUACUAUUGGAAUCACCUUCGAGGACCAAUCCCCUUUUUCACGCAACAGACUCCUGUUUGAGAUGUUAAAACCCGGUGACCCUAGCGGAUCUGCUUUCUUGAAAGUGGACCCGACGUACAUGCAACACUGGCAGCAGCUCUUCCCUCAAAGCCAGUUGAAGAAUGGAGGCAUUACGCAGCUGCAGCCGCCGGACAGGGUAGCUGUUCCGGUGGAAAGUCUCCGUCAGCGGCCGAACCUGAUCUCCUCCACAUCAUCAUCGUCGGCUUUAACACCUUCCUCCACAUCUUCAUCGACUCCAUCCGUUUCAUCAUUGGCAGGUUUAUCUCAACUAUCUGUGCCACAAAUUGCACUUUUUGGACAAACUCUCUCUUCUGACAUUGUCUCGUCAGACAACACCAACCUCCAAGCGAAAGAACUUUGUAUAUCCUCCAGCUUUAAGAAUGACAAAGGGUCCAGAUUUAAACUGACCUCCGAUGAGUUAGACUACUACCUCUACGGACAGCAGAGAAUGGAGAUUAUCCCAUUGAACAAUCACACCGGCGACCACAACAAUCGGUGUGACAUGUGUGCAGAUAACCGUAACGGAGAGUGCCCCAUGCACGGGCCCCUGCACUCGCUGCGGCGCUUGGUGGGGACAAGCAGUGCAGCGCCGGCCGUGCCGCCCCCAGAUGUCCCUGACUGGCUGCGGGACCUACCCCGUGAGGUGUGCCUCUGCACCAGCACUGUGCCCGGCCUCGGCUACGGCAUCUGUGCCGCCCAGCGUAUCCCACAGGGCACCUGGAUCGGCCCCUUUGCGGGAGUCCCCCUCCUCCUGGAUAAGUUGCAGUCAGGAGGGGUGCGGAACACAAGGCACUUAUGGGAGAUCUAUGACCAGGAAGGGACGUUACAGCACUUUAUUGACGGCAAUGAGCCGAGCAAGUCGAGCUGGAUGAGAUACAUUCGCUGUGCACGGCACUGUGGCGAGCAAAACAUGAUGGUGGUCCAGUACAGAUCAUGUAUAUUCUACCGGGCAUGUAUGGAUAUUCCAAGAGGAACAGAACUCCUUGUCUGGUACAAUGACAGCUACACCUCCUUCUUUGGCAUCCCUCUACAGUGCAUUGCACAGGAUGAAAACUUGAAUGUACCAACCACAGUUAUGGAGGCCAUGAGCAGACAAGAGACGCUGCAGCCGCUCAGUAAAACGGGCAAAGGUUUCUCGGUGGCCCUGCUGCGCUCCAUGGUCUUCCCCCACUCGCCCUGCUCCAGAAGCUUCUCCCUGAUGGACAAAGGUGGCCACACGGACUCCGGCUUCAACCAGAUGAGCUCUAAGAACCAGCGAGUCCUAGCCAGCCCCACCUCCACCAGCCAGCUGAGCACCGAGUUCAGUGACUGGCACCUCUGGAAGUGCGGCCAGUGCUUUAAGACGUUCACGCAACGCAUCCUGCUCCAGAUGCAUGUGUGCACACAGAACCCAGACAGACCUUACCAGUGUGGACACUGCUCCCAGUCCUUCUCCCAGCCGUCGGAGCUGCGCAACCAUGUCGUCACUCACUCCAGCGACCGGCCCUUCAAGUGUGGCUACUGUGGCCGGGCAUUUGCAGGAGCCACCACUCUCAACAACCACAUCCGGACACACACUGGGGAGAAGCCAUUCAAGUAAGUAACAGUGCGAGAGGUGCGACAGGAGCUUCACGCAGGCCACCCAGCUCAGCAGACACCAGCGGAUGCCCAACGAGUGCAAGCCCAUCAGCGGCGAGAGCAGCGAAUCAAUCGAGGUGGAUUAGCUGAUUGACUGGCCGGAAUUAAACUGCAAGGAAAAUCAUGAUUAAAUGUCACGGACACUUAAACAAAACCAAAGAUUUCCUCUGAGAAACUCUCAAUCAGCCCCAGAAAACCAAAAGCAGUAAUAAAAUAAGUAAGAUGUUAAGAGUUAUUGAUCUUGGCACAGAAAAGGGACCAGGAGGGGGAGGGGAAUGUUGGGGGAGUGGGGAUGUUGAAGGGAGGAGAAACAAUUAUUUAUUUAUGACUGGGGAGUUAUGGUUCCCAAAGAAGACCUGAAACUGGGACAGCAAAAAAAUACCAAAAAUGUCCACUGUAUGUAGCUUUAUAUCUCAGUUGUCUUAUUCUUUGUAUCCUAAUACCAAAGGGAAAGGAAUGUUGGGGGGAACUGUGAGGGUAGAACAUGCCUCUACUGAGAAUGCACAAUUUCUCUUAAAUUGCACCACGAAGCAUGAUUUAGGAGGGGACUGUGUUUCCACCACAAAAAUAAGAAACUAUUAUCCACAGUAUGAAUUGUGAAAACUAAAUUAUAUUUAUCUUC